AUGACAGUAGCGGAACUUGUGAAAGGAGCAGCGGAACUUGUGGAAGAUUAUGAAUUAAAAAAGAUAAAACGUUUUAUACAGUACGUUUAUUCUUCCUUUAUCUCAAAUGAGAUAAAAGAUUGCUGUGAUAAGCUUCAAGAUUCAAAGCAAAAACGUACUACCAGUGCUUGUACUGAAUGCAGAGCUUCGAAACGAGGAUGUAGUGACCAAAAACCUUGUACUCGCUGUAUAGAGAAAGGCUUAACUUGUAAAAUUAUUGAUGAAUGCAGUAAAUGCAGAUAUAAAAGAUAUGUAGUUGAAGGCAAGUUGUAUUGCAAAAAGUGCUCCGAAAAACUUGGACAUGAUCAGGAGACGACACAAACCGAUGCAAAUAAUUAUGCCACUGUUUUAGGCCCAGCUAUACCUCUUUACACAUAUGACUAUUCAGUAACUGCAAACUGUUUACUUCGAAUUGUGCCUUUAGAGGAGUAUGAUAAUACCAUGGAUCCCUUAGAAGAAUAUGAUAAUACCAUGGAUCCUUUAGAGGAAUAUUAUAAUACCAUGGGUUCCCUAGAGGAAUAUGAUAAUAUCAUGGAUCCUUUAGAGGAACAUAAUAAUAUCAUGGAUCCACAUCAGUUGAUUUUUAGAUCCGUAAGGUUACGAUUUUCAUAG